CAUCAUCAGUGGCUUAUUUCUCCAGCUCUGGUGUUUUUGAGUGACUGGAAACAACAAAACUCUUCUGGAUUAACAGCAGCAAAACUGUCUCUUCUGUUCUGAAUCGCAAUCCAUCUGAACAUUGUCUAGGGAGGAGAGGAGGUAAACAUGUUUUCGGUCUCAAACUAGGACGUUUUGGACUUGGAGAUCAAUGGAAUGCUUCGAAUGGAGAGUCGCUCCCUUGACUUAAUGGAUGAAUAAAUUGCUCUUUAAUGGCCCUGAAUGGGACGGCUGCUGAACUCAGGUCCUUUGGGAUUUCUGCGGAGAUUUCCAAAGACACCAGCAUGGAGCAGAAGGCGUCUCUGGGUAAUGCAGUUCUCAAUAACUCGAUGGAUUGCAAUAGGAGUGAAGAGAGGAACCGGUCAGAGUUUUCGUCCUCUGAGUAUGUCCAGAAGAACUGGGUGGCACUUUUGAUUUCGCUGGUCAUAAUCAUCACCGUGACGGGCAACAUCCUGGUCAUCAUGGCGGUGAGUUUGGAGAGGAAGUUACAGAACGCCACCAACUACUUCUUGAGGUCUUUGGCCAUUACAGACAUGCUUCUGGGAAUCCUUGUUAUGCCGGUCGCAAUGGUGACGAUCCUCUAUGGUUACACCUGGCCUCUCCCUCGCGCCCUGUGUCCGAUCUGGAUCUACCUGGACGUUCUCUUCUCCACCGCUUCCAUCAUGCACUUGUGCGCCAUCUCUCUGGACAGAUACAUCGCCAUCCGCAACCCUAUCCACCACAGCCGCUCCAACUCCCUAACAAGAGCUCGCGUCAAAAUCAUUGCAGCCUGGACCAUCUCUGUGGUUAUCUCCAUGCCUGUUCCAGUCCUGGGCCUUCAUGACCACUCCAAAGUCUUCCGCAAUGAAAGCUGCCAACUUACGGACAACAACUUCGUCCUGAUUGGCUCGUUCGUGGCGUUUUUCGUCCCGCUGAUCAUCAUGGUCGUCACGUACUUUCUCACCAUCAGUGCUCUACAAAGCGAAGCGACUUUGUGCCUGGACCAACUCAUCGUGCGUCCAACAUGGUCGUCCACCAUUGGACUCCUUCCUCGAGGUUCACUUUCCUCCGAGCGUCUCUUCUCACGUUCAUCAAUCUGCCGAGAAGGAGCUUCCAGAGCAUCCGGACGCCGCUCCAUGCAGUCCAUCAGCAAUGAACAGAAGGCAUCCAAAGUGCUCGGCGUGGUUUUCCUACUUUUUGUGAUCAUGUGGUGUCCGUUUUUCGUGACGAACGUGAUGGCGGUUGUGUGCGGCUCUGUGUGCGAUGAAGAUUUGGUAGGUGGGUUGAUGAAUGUGUUUGUUUGGGUUGGGUAUUUGUCAUCUGCGGUCAACCCGUUCAUCUACACACUCUUUAACAAGACUUACCGUGCAGCGUUCGCCCGGUACAUGCAGUGCCGCUACCAUGAGGAGAGGAGACCUCUGCAGCUGAUACUGGUCAACACAAUCCCCCCUCUGGCCUACAGCUCCUCUGGGCUUCCCCUGAAGGUGGAGAACUCAUUAAGGAAGAAAGCAGAGGGCAGCCGGUCUGGGAGCUUCACCAACACUGAGAGGUCAAUCUGUGGAAACACACAAAACAAGCAGGAACGGGACGAGGUAGUAAGCUAUUUGUAACAGACCCUAGAGAGUGUUUAAUUGUGGUCCACAUCAACAGACCUCGCGUUAUGGGUGUAAACGCUUGACAAAUGGAGCCUUUUAUUUUAAUAUACACCCACCUGUGCGGCACAGCACAGUCAGCAGAUGAUACUACCUACAGCUCACAGCCAAAACAGGACACAGAUGCUUUAAAACUGGGCCAGUAGGAAUAAACUCUCUUAUUUUGUCAAAUAUACUCAUUGUAGAUCACAAAUAUACUGUACCGUAUAAAUGAACAGCCUGAUCUCACGAGGAA